AUGCAGCUCGUGGCGCAUGUUUGUGCGUUUGCUGGCCUGAAUCUGUGCAAGGAUAGGCCUCUGUUGCCUCACCCUCCCACCCACCACGUCAUCGCCUCUCCCUCCCACCCACCUUUCCAUCGCUACUCCCUCCCACCCCGCCAUCCUCUCUCGAUUCCAGCCCCCCUUCCCCUCUCCCUCCCACUAUGCCGAGGCCUCUCCCUCCCUCCCGCCGUCGCCUCUCCCUCCUCCUCGCCGUCGCCCAUCCCUCCUCCCCGCCGUCGCCUCUCCCUCCUCCCUGCAGUCGCCCAUCCCUCCUCCCCGCCGUCGCCUCUCCCUCCUCCCCGCCGUCGCCUCUCCCUCCUCCCCGCCGUCGCCUCUCCCUCCUCCCCGCCGUCGCCCAUCCCUCCUCCCCGCCGUCGCCUCUCCCUCCUCUUCGCCGUCGCCCAUCCCUCCUCCCCGCCGUCGCCUCUCCCUCCUCCCCGCCGUCGCCUCUCCCUCCUCCCCGCCGUCGCCUCUCCCUCCUCCCCGCCGUCACCCAUCCCUCCUCCCCGCCGUCGCCUCUCCCUCCUCCCCGCCGUCGCCUCUCCCUCCUCCCCGCCGUCGCCUCUCCCUCCUCCCCGCCGUCGCCUCUCCCUCCGCAUCACGGUCGCCUUUCCCCCCCAUCCGCCGUCGCCGCUCCCUCCUCCCGCCGUCGCCGCUCCCUCCCAUCCCGCCGUCGCCUCUCCCUCGCAUCCCGCCGUCGCCUCUCCCUCCCAUCCCGCCGCCGACUCUGUCGACAGGGCGCUGGGGCCGUGGGCGCAAGCGCCGUGGUUGCUGGCGCCUAAGGCGCUUGCGCUUAUGGCGCAGACGCCUUGGCCGCUUGCGCCGUUGGCGCGGGCUCCGUGGGUGCUAGCACCUAACGUGCUUGCGCUUAGGGCGCGAGCGCCGUGGGUGCUGCCCCAUGAGGCGCUGGCUCUGUGGGCGCUUGCGCCGGGGGCUCUGGCGCCUUGGGCGCGAGCGCCGUUUGUGCUGGCGCCUAAGGCGCUGGUGCAGUGGGCGCGGGCGCCGUGGGCGCUUGCACUUGCUGGCGGCUUGGGCACGGGCGACGUGAGGGCGAGACUUGGAUGUGCACGUGCACUUGCAGUGUGGGGCUCGUAA